UGCCUUUCCCAGGCGUCUUGCGACGGGUGUUCCACCGAGGGAGAGAAGGAGGUUUGGGUACUAUGGAGCAUCGCAGAGUCCCUCCUCUUUCUUGUUUCCCACGACCGGAGGGAGAAUUUGGCUUCUGCGUGCCUGAAGAAAAGAGAUCCAUAGUGUCCUUUGAGAAGGUAUCCGUGUUCUUUACAGAGGAGGAAUGGCCUCUCCUGGAUCCAGACCGGAGAAGACUCUUCUGGGAAGUGAUGGAGGAAAAUUGCGAGACCGUGACCUCUCUGGGUACAGAAGGAAAAAUAUGGAAUGUGGAAUUCCACAGGUUCUCUCUUCUUUCUUUUUUCCCAUGGCUGGAGGGAGAAUUUGGCUUUUGUACCUCUGCAGGAAAGAGAUCCUCAGUGUCCUUUGAGGAAGUAGCCAUGGUCUUUAUGGAGGAAGAAUGGGCUCUCCUUGAUCCAGGCCAAAGAAAACUCUUCUGGGAAGUGAUGGAGGAAAACUGUGAGACCAUGGCAUCUCUGGUUGCAGAUGUGAGGGAGAUGGUGUGUGUGAAGGAAUUCAGAAGGAGAGUUGUGGAAAUAGACAGCUGUCUGCAGGCAGACUCAAAAUCUUGGGAUGAAGCGGUACCAAAGCGAGAGUGCAGAAGGAAGAAGGAAUCAAAAAACAAGCAGAUGAAGGAACUGGUUGCCUGUCAGAGUACAAAUCAACCUGAGGCCUCAGCCCAAAAGAGAACACAAAAGAGAAAGAUAGAGCACAAGGAUCUCCUGAAUCAGAGAGGAUUCAGUUGUAAAUUCAGUGUUAAAAUAUGUCAGAAUGUUACAGCAUGGUGGAAAACAUAUAAAUGCUUGGUAUGUGGAAAGUUCUUCUCUCAGAAUGGCCACCUCACUUCACAUCAGAAAGUUCACACAGAAGAGAAACCAUGUAAAUGUUUAGAGAGUGGAAAGUAUUCCUCUCAGAAUGGCCACCUAACUGUCAAAUCAUAUCAAAAGACUCACACAGUGGAGAAGCCAUAUCAAUGCUUACAGUGUGGAAAGUGCUUUUCUUGGAAUGCCAGCCUAACUGCACAUCAUAAGAUUCAUACAGGAGAGAAGCUGUAUCAAUGCUUAGAGUGUGCAAAGUGCUUCUCUCAGAAUAGUGACCUAACAAGGCAUCAAAAGAUUCAUACAGGGGAGAAGCCAUAUAAAUGCUUCAAGUGUGGAAAGUGCUUCUCUCAGAAUGGCAGCCUAACUGCACAUCAAAAGGUUCACACAGGGGAGAAGCCAUAUAAAUGCUUGGAAUGUGGAAAGUGUUUUUCUCAGAACAGCAACCUUAUUAGACAUCAAAGGUUUCACACAGAGGAGAAGCCAUAUAAAUGCUUGGAGUGUGGAAAGUGCUUUGUUCAGAAUAGUGACCUAACUAAACAUCAGAAGGUGCACACAGGGGAGAAACCAUAUAAAUGCUUACAGUGUGGAAAGUGCUUCUCUUGGAAUGGCUACCUAAGUGCACAUCAAAAGACUCACAUAGGGGAGAAGCAAUACAAAUGCUUGGAGUGUGGAAAGUGCUUCUCUCAAAAUGGCCACCUGAGAGCUCAUCAAAAGACUCACACAGGGGAGAUGCCAUAUAAAUGCUUAGAGUGUGGAAAGUGUUUUUCUCGAAAUAGUGACCUAAAUAGACAUAAAAAGAUACAUACUGGGGAGAAGCCAUAUAAAUGCUUAGAGUGUGGAAAGUGCUUCUCUCGGAAUGACCGCCUAAUUGUACAUCAAAGGAUUCACACAGGGGAGAAGCCAUAUAAAUGCUUGGAGUGUGGAAAGUGCUUUUCUUGGAACAUCAGCCUAAUUGCGCAUCAUAAGUUUCACAAAUGGGAGAAGCCAUAUAAAUGCUUGGAGUGUGGAAAGUGCUUUUCCCAGAAUAGUGUCCUAACUAAACAUCAGAAGAUGCACACUGGGGAGAAACCAUAUAAGUGCUUGGAGUGUGCAAAAUGCUUUUUGCAGAAAAGUGACUUAACAAGACAUCAAAAGACUCACAUAGGGGAGAAGCCAUAUAAAUGCUUGGAGUGUGGAAAGUGCUUCUCUCAGAAUGGCUCCCUAACUGCGCAUCAAAGAGUUCACACAGGAGAGAAGCCGUAUAAGUGCUUGGAGUGUGGAAAGUGCUUCUCUCAGAAUGGCCCCCUACGUGCACAUCAAAAGAUUCACACAGGGGAGAAGCCAUAUAAAUGCUUAGAAUGUGGGAAGUGCUUUUCUCAGAAUGGCCACCUAAAUGCACAUCAAAAGAUUCAUACAGGGGAAAAACCAUAUAAAUGCUUGGAAUGUGGAAAGUUCUUCUCUCGGAAUGGUAACCUAACUAUACACUUGAGAAUCCACACCGGGGAGAAGCCAUACAAAUGCUCGGAGUGCGGGAAGGGCUUCAGCCGGAGUGACCUCCUAGCUUCUCAUCAGAGAAUCCACACUGGGGAGAAACCAUACAGCUGUUCACACUGUGGGAAGAGUUUCUGCGACCUCUCAACCCUUAUUAAACAUCGGAGAAUCCACACAGGUGAGAAACCCUACACCUGCUUGGAAUGCGGGAAGUGCUUCAGCCAGAAGGCAAUCCUGACCUCACAUCAACGAAUCCACACUGGGGAGAAGCCACACAAAUGCCUGGAGUGUGGAAACAGCUUCAGCCGGAACACAUACCUGACUUCCCACCAAAGAAUCCACACAGGCGAAAGGCCAUUUAAAACUGUAAACUGCAGUGGGAGCUUUGCUGAACAACCAAACAUUUCUUACCCCCAGAGGAUUCAUGUAGGGUCUUCAGACUACAGUGAGGGCCUGGGCCAACCUCCAGUGUGCGUGACCCAGCAGAACCUGUUCACACUGAAUGAUGCUAUCAGCAUUUAUGAAUCGGAGGAAAAACCUUGUUUGGAGGCAGCAUCUUAUGGGACUGCAAAGCCUUCUGCAAAUUAACUGCUCAUUUGGUAGUCGGCAGCGAGCAAGCUUUGCUUCCCAGCAACCAGGUGAAUUCCCAUUCCUGUGGAAACGGAACCCCCACACACCACUGCUUUCUCAGAGAGAGAAGUUGUGAAUGCAAUUUCUAUUCUGUGCUGAUGCAAAGUGGGAGAAGGUCCAUGCAACUUCCGUUGGAUAACAAGCUGAUCUUUUCAGAUUUGUUGGGAAAGGGAAGAAGUUUCUUCAGCCCCAUGACAUUACCACCCAAUGUAUGGUACCCCCCACCUACUCCCCAAGUUAGAGGAAGUAGUAUGAUCCCUUAACUUUGAAUUGUGACUCAAUGACAAAUGGGGAAAGCCAAAAAAGACAGGGCAAAGUAGGUAAUAAUGCGUCUCUCGCCCCUAGCCAUAUUCUGCUUCAGGAUGGGGCAGAGGUAGUGACCGCUUUGUUCUCUUCCCUGGCUCCUGAGCUCUUUCUCUGCAAGCCAGAAGGGAAGGAAUGUGAUCUCCUGGUUUCUUCUGGCUCCUUUGGGUGGUGGUGGGACCAGCUGGAGUCAGGAGCAGUUUAGUCUAUGCAGAUAACAUUUGAAUUUCACCUGAACGGUUUCCAUUCACUUCCACGGGAGGAAAUAAAGGGGUCCACGUGGGGUCAGUGGUGGAGUAGCAGGAUGAGCUUUCUCCCAGCCCCAUAUUCCCCACCUUCCCCAACUGCAGACUUCAAAUAUCCUUCAAUUUGGUUUGACUCUCUUUGGUUUCUUUUUCCUUCACACACUUUUGACAGACGAGAGUGUGACUUGUAGAGUUAGGUGGCUUCACGUGUUUGCUUUUCUUGCUUAGAUGCUUUUAUUUCAUUUUUCUUUCUUUGCUGUCAUUUGUAGUUAGUUGUUUUAAGACAGAGUAGGACUGUCCUUUUGCAAUCUUGAUAAAGCGUACAGUUCCCCCUGCUCCCUGCAUGCCUUUCACCCUCGAGAUGACAAAGGCUUUGACCAAUAAAGUGAUGCAAAGUUUUUGCAAAAGGCAUGUACUUGGUUCACUCUUGUGACCUCGAGGCAUGAGAAUCUCUGGUCCUUGUUUCCCCAUGGAAGCCUUGCCCCCUCUGGACUUCCUUGCCACUUCCGUGUUUGGGUGGGCAUGUGAAUGAUGCUGUGCUCUGUUUGUCCUGCUUUCCACACUUGGCUGCCUUCUUUCCAACCUUUUUUGAGAGAGGUUGCAGUCAGAGUGCACUUGGGUGGCAGGUGGAUGAGAACAUGCACGUUUUGGUAGGUUUCAGCUGCAUCAAUAUUGUUUCCCUUACCUCAUUUCACAUGACCCCCAUUCUCACACACACACACACAAGCUAGAGACCCUUUUCAAGCUUUUAAAAAAAAACUGGAAAGAGCUAGACUGCUAUCACGUUAUAUUAUUAUAGCAAACUAUUUCAACGAUGUACUAGUUUUCAAGUUUCUUUAUCUAGGUUUUUUGUUGUGGAGUUAUAAAGGCAAAGGAGCAGUUUGAACUUUUCCUCUUAAAUCUGCCAUAAAGGUGGUAGAGACAUUUUUUUAACAAGAAAGCUGGAAACUGAUAGAAGGUCACUACAGCAUUAUAAUGAUCUAUUGCAAGGGUCUGCAACCUGCAAUUGGCCAUGCUGGCAGGGGCUGAUGGGAAUUGUAGUCCAUGAACAUCUGGAGAGCCACAGGUUGCAGACCCCUGAUCUGUUGCCUGUUAUUUGUGAUUCUUUGUAAAAGCCCACAUAAAUCUUUCUGGUUGUAUGAAGACAGUGGAAGCCUCGAAGGGAAGGCAAGUUCAGGGGAAAUGUUGAUGUCAUUCUAUUUCUACUGCAAACACCUGUGCAAUAGAGAAUCAUCUUCAUGUGGAA